AUGACAACAAUGCAGCACACACCCACACACAUACACUCACUCACUUCCCUUUACAAUCCAGCAUUUGUGCUGGAUUGGGUAGCAAUUGGAAUGCAUUUGGGUUGGUCCCCUCUCUCUGCUUUUGCCCUCUAUAACUUAGAGAACAAAACACUUUUCCCUUGGAAAGAGGUGGAAGCUUUUGCAGGUGUAGUGUGUACCACAGGUUCUCCAGGAAACCGUUUUCAGCAAAUGAUAGUGCAAAUCAGAGCUGGUAAACUGCGUCAACUUGUGCUCGAUCGCAAAUGGAAUCUAGCAAGCAUGAAGAACAGCUCGUCCUGGAUCAUCGGAGCGCUGCUGCUGGUAUCGCUUGCCAAAGCUACUUCAGUGGAGCCUGGGUUUACUGUCAAGACCUUGUUUGAUCUCGGCAAGCACUCGGCAAAUGCCUUUGCCUUGUAUCCAGACCCGCGGAACAAGUUUGUGUUGGCGCUUGAUUCCAGUGGCAAUCGCAUAUGGAAGCUGAGACUGCCACUCUCGCAGAACAGCAGCUUGGAAGCUUUUGCCGGUUCAUUCGUGGGGGAGUCCGGCUAUGUCGACGGCCCCGCGGCAAAGUCACUUUUUAAUCGCCCACAAAGCCUUGCUAUUUGCGACAAUGGCGCGGUCUUUGUGGCGGAUACGAGGAACUUGGCUAUACGCAAAAUCAGCAAGGAUGGCGAAGUGACCACCAUUGCCGGAGGUAGCUCUCGAAAGCCAGGCUUUGCCGACGGCCCCGGAGACACAGCUCGUUUCUCAAGCGAGUUUAGCUUGGCGUGUUCUUGUGGCUCCUUACUCAUAGCCGAUCGCGGGAACCGGCUGAUUCGCGAGAUACAAAUCGAUGAUCCAAAGUCGUGUGAUUCAAGCGAUUCAGCCGUUUCAGGAUCACAAAAAUGGGCUUUAAUUCCCGUAGUGCUGCUUGGCGUCUGUCUGGGGAUGCCUCUGGGAGCUUUUAUAAUCUGGAAGAUACUUGAUCAGCGGUGCCGGCAAGCGAUCAGCUGGGAAACACUGAAAGAUUGCUGGCGGGCGUUCCGGAGGACGAUGAUCUGCAAGUUCGGCAGCAGAAGCGAACUUGCUAGCGCCGUCUUUAGUCUUUUCCUUCUUGUAUGUCAUCAGGCACAGCUCCUCGCGUCUGUCUUCUUUGGUGUUGCACACGAAGUAAAAACGAAGCCAACUGCGCCUGUCAAACAAGAUCAAGACCUCCACUCUCUCCUUGGAAACACGAAAGAUGAGCCUCCAGACCUCAUUGAUUUCAUGGACUUGGAAUCUUCUGUUGCUCCUUCUCGCCCUCUUUCUUUUCCGGAUUUGAGGAAUUUGACUAUGGAGCUCGAGUGUUUGGAGAAGUUCCAGCAGGAAUUCAAGGACAAGCGCAAGCACAGCUAAGAAUGUGCUCACACAAGCUUUGUUUUUCCACUCUUCUUGAAUAGUCCAUUGUUUU